GCGUGACCAGCAGCGAGCGGCCCGCGCGCCUCUCUCGCGGCCAACUUGGCGGAAUACUCGGCGUGAGGCCGGACCCCGCGAGGCGCUCCUAAUAAAUGGACGAUAUCGUUUAUCGUGCUUUUGAUUUUCUGCCGGUGAGAUAAAGGAGGAAGAGGAGGAGGAGGAGGAAGAGGAGGAGGUAAGCGUAGGAAACGGGUCGCACGUCUGAAGCGUAGGCAGGCUGUGCGUGAAGAACCGCUCGCGGUCCAGUUAGCCUGCUAGGGACGGGACCGGGACCGGGACGGGACAGGACGGUGCCGGCUGAAGAUGUCGCUCCACGGAAAACGCAAAGAAAUCUACAAAUACGAAGCGCCAUGGACCGUCUAUGCCAUGAACUGGAGCGUCCGGCCGGACAAGCGCUUCCGUCUGGCGCUGGGCAGCUUCGUGGAGGAGUACAACAACAAGGUUCAGAUUGUGGGUCUGGAAGAGGAGAGCUCCGAGUUUCUCUGUCGCAACACUUUCGACCAUCCGUACCCCACCACGAAAAUCAUGUGGAUUCCCGACACCAAGGGGGUUUAUCCUGACCUGCUGGCUACCAGUGGAGACUACCUGCGGAUAUGGAGGGUGAGCGACUCGGAGACUCGGUUGGAAUGUCUGUUAAACAACAAUAAGAACUCAGACUUCUGCGCCCCGUUGACCUCCUUCGACUGGAACGAGGUGGACCCCAACCUGCUGGGAACCUCCAGCAUUGACACCACCUGCACCAUCUGGGGCCUGGAGACCGGACAGGUGCUGGGAAGGGUCAAUCUUGUGUCUGGUCACGUUAAAACUCAGCUCAUCGCUCACGACAAAGAGGUCUAUGACAUCGCCUUCAGUCGAGCGGGCGGAGGCAGGGAUAUGUUUGCAUCGGUGGGGGCAGAUGGCUCGGUGCGCAUGUUCGACCUCCGUCAUCUGGAGCACAGCACCAUCAUUUACGAGGAUCCUCAGCACCACCCACUGCUACGACUCUGCUGGAACAAACAGGACCCCAACUACCUGGCGACAAUGGCCAUGGACGGGAUGGAGGUGGUGAUUUUGGACGUGCGCGUGCCGUGCACACCGGUGGCCAGACUCAACAACCACAGGGCCUGUGUGAACGGCAUUGCCUGGGCGCCUCACUCAUCAUGUCACAUCUGCACAGCAGCGGAUGACCACCAGGCUCUGAUCUGGGACAUCCAGCAGAUGCCGCGGGCGAUCGAGGACCCGAUCCUGGCUUACACCGCCGAGGGAGAGAUCAAUAAUGUGCAGUGGGCCUCCACCCAACCAGACUGGAUCGCUAUCUGCUACAACCACUGUCUGGAGAUCCUGCGGGUCUAAGCCUCGGGCGUAUGACAGGAGACGGACUUUAACUCCAGACCUUCCUCACGUUGACUGACUGACCGGCCAAUGCAGCCGCACGUCAGCAGAAACUGGUUCUUCACACGAGGUGGAACACAACUCACUUCCUGUCGCUGUCUGCCAUGUUGGGUUUUAACGCGUUUGGGCUUAAGUGUAAGGGUGGUGGUUUAUUGUGUAUGUAUGUGUGUGUGUGUGUGUGCGUGCGUGUGUGUGUAUGUGGAACAAAGACUCACUACAUGACUGUCUACUCGAUUUAGAAGGACAAGAAACAAAAAUGCAACGUUUACUGUGUUUUUGCUCAAGCGGCAGCUGAACGCCUCGGUUGUGUAACGGCUCCGCGCAGACAAGCCAAGGAUCACAGGUGAAUAA